AUGGCUGCAUUUAUUUGUCAAAGCAGUAACCUUUGGACUUGGGUGGAGGUAGGUACCAUAUUUUCAGAAGAUCUAAAAAAAGUAAUGGUGCUUAGUAACCUCCAAACGUAUUUCCCACACAAUUCCAGCGUAUUUCUACUCCCACACAAUAAGGCCACGGGUUGGGGUGUAAUAGCUAGUUUAUCAUAAAUAACAGUAAGAAUAUACUUGAGUUUUGAGGUGUGCUUUAACAGUGGGAGAGCAUAUUCUGAGCUAAUAAUCUUCCUGAAUGUUCUAAACCUAACUCUUCAUAUCUUCCCUCCAGCUCCAAUAAUCCACUGCCUCCUACUGCUUUCCUUUAAAGCGUUAAAACAUGGAGCUGCUGAAUAAAUGAGGUCCUGUCAUUAGCCAUAAUAGCAGCAAAGUGCUGAAUGUUUUCUGAACUUCCUGGAACUAGUGUGAAGAAGCCUUUUUAUUUUAUUUCCAUCAUGAUGAAUGGGAAAUUCUUUGGGGCAUCCCAUAGGCAUCUGGUUAGUCACUGAUAAGAGGAUGCUGAGCUAGGUGAGACUUUGGUGUUACCCAGCAGGGUUUUUCAUAUGGCCUUAGGAUCUAGUUAAAUUAUGGAAUUCCCUCCACAUGGACAGCAGGACAAAGUACAAAAAAAUGCUUUUCAAUAUAAAUGUUUCCAUAUUUGCUACUCUUGAAAUUUGUGGCUCAUACUUUGUAGGUUGCAGUCUUAACCCAGAAGUGCUUCUAAAGAGGUGAGCUGGGCAUACUUCCAAUAAAAUAUAAUAUUAAAAUAUUGUAGCUGGGUGAUCAGGUGAAAAAGAGUGCAGUAGCUGUGUAGCAAAAUGUCGGCAGGUGUAGCUUGUCAUGCAAGCCACACUUCAAAUUCCUCUUCUGCACAACUAUUAACAUACCCUCCAACAUUUCUCUGAUGAAAAUAGGGACGUCCCAUUCCAUAACAAUAAUUUUACUAUUUAUAUCCCACACAUCUUACUGGGUUGCCCCAGCCACUCUGGGCAGCUUCCAACAUAUAUAAAAACACAAUAAAACAUCAAACAUUAAAAAAAACUUCCCUAUGCAGGAUUGCCUUCAGAUGGCUUGGGGGUCGAAUAACGUCAUACCCUUUCCCCAAUUUAAAGAGGGACAGCCUAAGAAAAAGUGGGACAUUCAAAGAUCAAAUCAGAAACCAGGAUGGCUUCUCUAAAUCAGGGACAUCCCUGGAAAAUAAGUACACUUGGAGGGUCUGGUUUAAAAGUGCUGAGCCUUGACUUUUAUCUUGCCACCCUGCUUUACGGCAUACUCCAGUUACAGGCAGCCACAUUAUUCCAUACAUACGACGGUGAUCCAGUUUAUGAAAACAACUUUUACAGAUCAACAAGGGAGAAGACAACUCUGUCUGUUACAAUCACAUGCCCUGCCUCCAAAAUAACUCCUCACCAACCCAUGAUCCCCUGGCUUCCAGAACACACUCUAGUAUGGCAAAUAUCUCCCUCUAGAGGCUGUUCUUGGAGGUGCAUAAGGCAUACAAAAGUUUUUGUUUAUUGUUGGGAUACCAAAAGGAAGCAGCCCUAAGCUUUAAUGCAAUUAUUGUUAACAAUUGAUGUCUGCUGCUGAGUAUAGCAUCAAAACAAUUCCACGGUCCAGUGACACAAUCAACUGGCAGUUUCAUGACACGGCUGCAGAUGUUCGUGAAUAGCUGUUCAGAGGCAUUCUGGAAACAAAAGCUGGUACUUCUCAGUACAAUGGACCAAGCGGAUGAGGCUUCACAGUGGCCUCUUGCCCUGCUUUUGACACUUGUAUAAUUGCAGCAGUGAAGAUCCUGUUCUGCUCAUGGUAAUUGUGUUACACAGAGAGCCAAGAAGCAAAUUUCACUCUUUAAAGACUUUUGUUAUUUAUGGGCAGGACAUAACAUAAUAAAAUUAUUAUUAUUAUCUUAAGAAUAUAAAAUACAAAACAAAACAAGAGUUAACCAACAAUAAAGUUUCUGGUACUGGUUUUUAGGAGCCUGGUUCAGAAGGGAGGGAUAGAUGAUAUACAGCUGGCUCCCACAUCUCUCCAGAGAAAGCUGACAACAGAAAAGUAAAUGUUUGGGAAGGCAAUGAUGGUAAGGCUGUUUAGCCUCCUGGAAUUGUCAACUGCUGGUGCAGGUCUUACUGCACUAUUGGAAUGGGAGGCUUGUUUCUAACAGGGUUGCAUAAUGCCACCAUGCGAUUGUGGCUACUACAGUCCUUGAAUCAUUUAGUCUGGGAUAGCACUGCUGAUUUUGAAAGCCUGUUUUGGACAGUGCCGGAUUUAUGUAUAGGCUAAGUAGGCUAAGCGGGUGGCAGUGUGGUCUAAACCACAGAGCCUAGAGCUUGCCGAUCAGAAGGUUGGCAGUUUGAAUCCCCACGACUGGGUGAGCUCCCGUUGUUCAGUCCCAGCUCCUGCCCACCUAGCAGUUUGAAAGCACAUCAAAGUGCAAGUAGAUAAAUAGGUACCACUCCGGCGUGGAAGGUAAACGGUGUUUCCGUUCACUGCUCUGGUUCGCCAGAAGUGGCUUAGUCAUGCUGGCUACAUGACCCGGAAGCUGUACUCCAGCUCCCUCGGCCAGUAAAGCAAGAUGAGCCCUGCAACCCCAGAGUUGUCCACUACUGGACCUAACAGUCAGGGAUCCCUUUUUUUUAAAAGUAGGCUGAAGCCUAGGGCCUCUAAAUAUAGGGGGCCUCACCAGUCCUCCCGCUCCCCAGCGGGCAGUCCCCCCCCCCUAAAAUUGCAAACCCAAGACUUCAUGUGAGGGCAGGGCAACUCGGGCCUCUAAGUCUAGGGGGCCUCACCAGCCUGCCCUCUCCCCAGUGCCGCAGUCUCACCUCUCCCAAAAUUGUAAACCCAAGACUUCAUGCAAAGGCAAGGCAACUCAGUAGUAGUUCAGUUGUACCUCGGGUUACAUACGCUUCAGGUUACAGACUCCACUAACCCAGAAAUAGUGCUUCAGGUUAAGAACUUUGCUUCUGGGUGAGAACAGAAAUCGUGCUCUGGCAGCACAGCAGCAGCAGGGGCCCCAUUAGCUAAAGUGGUGCUUCAGGUUAAGAACGGACCUCCGGAACGAAUUAAGUACUUAACCUGAGGUACCACUGUAGUAACAACAAACAAACAACAAUUCUGCUCACCUCUCAGGCUCCACAUAUUAGAACAACUUAAAAUAAGCUUUAUACCUCUCAAAAUAUAUAGUUGUAGUAGUCCAGUAAGAAACUACAUUCAAGUCUAUAAUGUCUGUGUCAGACUCCUAAGCAUUUUAUGAUAAAGGCAUUACAAAUAAGCUUUGAAUGAAGUCAUUAUUAUUUUUUGUAAGGUGGAUCUCAAAUUAAAUAAUGAGUGUUGCAUGAAUCCUUCAUAUUUUAACAACCAUCUGUAAAAGAGCAGGGACCUAAGCACAAUAUUGUAUGACACAGUUGAAGAACUUAGCAGCAGAGCCCAGUCUUCUUUUUAUACACAACAUGGCAUACUUUUUAAUACGUUCCCUUGAGAACCAGUCAGCCCUGAGGGGAGUGUGUGCCUGUCAGCUUUCUCCUCCUUAGACUUCUGGAACUCAGCUGGAAGAGAAUGGGAGCAAAGGUGGAAUUAGUUGACCCUGGCGCCACCUACUGUUGACUUCCCUGUCUUCCACUCUACCAGUACCGCCGCUAACAAGAAUGUAUUUUAUCUAAUUCGUGAGGUAGGAUACCGCUAACCUGCUGAACUGACCUAGAAGCCAAAUUACCACCAGCUUUUAGGAUAUGGAAACUGAAAUUACACAUAAAUAAAUCUAUGCUACUUAGCUCUUGAUGUCUUAAAGAUAAUCUUGCUGCCCCAUCCUGUUAUGCUUGUGGAGCAAUUAACAAGUCCCAGUGGGGCUUACUCUCAAGUAAAUGUGUUUGGGAUUCCUUUAAUAGUACGUCUAUGCAGAAGUAGCUGCUCCCUUUCUGCCUUCAGGGGUUAUGGCUAGGCAAACUACCAUACUUGGAAUAAAAAGGACCCGCACUGAGUUUUUUGGAACAGGUAGUUUUCAAGUCGCUUCCUAACAGGAACAUUCCAAUUACCUUAAGGGUGCAUACAGAUGUGCAGGAAGGGGAAGGUACACUCAGUUUGUUGUCACUCGGAGAUCUAUACUUUUCUGGAGGCUGAGCUCUGGUAAAACCAGUUCUGCUGUGUGGGCCUAAGAGGAAAUUCUUGGUGGUUAUUAAAUGUCUGCUACUUUAAAUUCUGGGUGCAGAUGCUCGGACGAAGUAGACCCAUCUACGCACUGCAUGGUGUACGCAAUGAUUGUUCCUAGGAACUAGCAAAUCCUUACUUAGUUUGGAGUGAGGCAUUGCUUAUUUUUAUUUUUGGACUUCUCUUUUGUGCAAGCAUUGUAGAUAACAAAAGGUGUAUGUGCACAUUUAAAUAAAAACCCGUGGAUCUCAACUUUCCUGGCUUGGAGCAAUACAAACACACACACACGGCUGCUGUUUUGUGCAAAUUUGGUAGAUUGAGAAAGUUGUAUUUUUAUUUUUUUUAAGUAUGUGCUUACAGGUAAGCAGAUACCAGUGUGCAUGCCCAUAAUGAUCUCAGGCAAGGCCACCCCACCGAUGAAGUGGUGUGAAAUGGCUGCCUCAGGAGGUGUGUGGAGUAGGCUCAGGUGAAGGUCGGAUACCUCAUUGAGCCCAGAAGGUAUAACAGGAAAGCCAUCCUGGCCAGGCCUACGUCCAUAGUUGGAGCAGAGUGCUGUGACCAGACUGCUGAGGAGAACACCUGGAAAUACACAUUGCCCCUGUUCUGAGAGAACUGCACUGGCUUCCGAUCAGUUAUUGGGCUAUGCGCAAGGUCUUGUGUAAACGCAUAAAGCCAUGAGCAACUUGGGACCACGUUACCUGGAGGAGGACCUUCCCCUCUGUAGACCUGUAAGUUCACUUAAAUCAUCUGUGGAAUAGUCUCCUCAUGAUUCUGCACUCUCCAGAAUGUCAUUGGGCGAUGUCCCUGAAAACAGGCCUUUCCAGCUAUUGCGCUUGUACUGUGGAAUGCUCUCCCCUCUGCUGUACAUGAAGCAGCAACCAUCAAUUGCUUCAGGUGUAUGUAAAGAUGUAUCAUUUUUCCAUCUAAAGGGUAAGGCCAUUAAGUCCACAUUGAGCCUGGCCAUCAUGUUUUGAGAGACUUCCUUUGAACUGUCCUGCAGGCUCAAGCACCGCUAAAAAAGCAAAGGGCAUCAAAUGAAGAGAUUCAAGAUGCCUGCACUGUUUUUGUAUUGGAUAUUUAUCUGCAUACAAAAUUACUAUACUGCUUGUCAAACUCAGUUGAGAGAUGGCUUAUUAUAACUGGCAUAUGAUUCAUGGACCAGAUGCUUAUUUAGCAGGAUUUUUUUCAAUGAAGGGGGAAAUGAUAUUUAGUGAUUAUGAAAGCUGUUGUGCUUGUGCUGAAUAUAAAGCGGUUAAAUGAAAUGAUGCAUGAGGCAAAGAAUGGGAAAAGAGACAAAGGGCGUAAUCAUGAGAAACUUAGGGUGAUGGAAUGUAGGGAGUUGGCAAGGUGUGAGGGGGAGUGUAGGAGGAGAUGAGGGGAGCGAUAUUGUCAAGUCUGAAGUUACGCAAAUUGCUGUUCCUUAAAUGAGACUGAAAAAACAGAAGAAAGCUAGGCUGGUUUACAAAAAAAAUGUGUGGGUGAUGAUCACUGUGAUAAGCUAGUGCCAAUUAUACUAUGCACACAGAAUGAAUAUUUAUAUCUUACUGGAGAGAGAGAUCAUUUCCUCACAUUGCACACUGAUGCAAUUUAUAACACGGAAGGAAUUCCUUUGAUUCCAGUAGGGUGACUGGUCUUUAUAUCCCUGAGUAUGAAAUCAGAAGGCAAUGUACAAAGUUGGGAAAACCUGCUGUUCAAGAUAGGCAUGACGUUUAGAAUAAAGUACUCAAAGCUGUAGACUUUCUGUUUGCUGAGUGUGGCAGCCCUGCCCUUGAAAAAGAGCCAAGGCUGAGGUGGAGAAAGAGGAGUUUGUGGUCACUGUACAAUCUUCUGAAAAAUACAGCUGGGUUAUUGAUACCAAGCCUUAGGCUGAUGACUAUGAGCCCUGUGGAUUCUGAGACAGACCCAGACACUCCCCAGAUGUGAUUCACCCAAAGAGCCAAGCACCUUCUGCUCCACAACACUUGUCCAGAAACACAAGGAGCAUACUAGGCAAGAAGCCAGCGAGACAACGAAGUGCUCUUCUGCAAGGCAGGGAGUUGCCCCUUUAAGAAACUAUGCUCUAAAGGUGGAGCCUAGGAGGACUAAUCUGGGCUGAGGGAUUGAGUGAAUUAUGAAGCCUCAGGCAUUUUCUACCUUUAUUGGAGCUAUGAAUGGUGCCAAGACUCCAGCUGCCUUGCUUUCUUGAAGUGUUGCCAUCUUGCCCUAUGGGUUUCUGCUGCAAACAAAACCAGGUAGCUUGCUCCACCCAAUUUUUGCAGGCCGGUGGAUCUCCAGAAGUAGCUUACCAGCUAGCAGCCAAUAAUGUCAAACUGCAAGUGUGCCUGGAAGUCAUAACCACACUGGGUGGGGCCUAUUCAUUUAAACAACCCUAAAAUAUCAGUGACUUCCUUUCUUUUCUUUCCAUGGUUCAUUUUGCAUAGCAUAAAUCCCUGCAUAUUUUAUAUAAACCAUUUUACUUCCAUCAAAACUUAUUUACACUGUUGAAUUUAUCUUAAUACUGCCAACGUUUUCAAGUGUACACAAUUUCCCACCAUAUAUUCAAUAAACAUUUUCCAAUUUUCUUUAAACAAAUGUUCUUCUCGUUCUCUUUUUCUGUAAGUUAGAUCCGCAAGCUGCGCAUAUUCCAUCAGUUUGAGUUACCAUUAUUCUUUCGUUGGAACCUCACUCAUUUUCUAUUUUUGGGCCAACAAAACACGGGCCGCCGUAGUGGCAUACAUAAAUAAGCUUUUUUGACACCUGGGAAUUCCCAUCUGAAUUAUCCCCAACAAAAAGGACUCCGGUUUUUUUGGAAAAGUGCUUUUAAACUUUUUUUUUUCAAUUCAUUAUAAAUUAUUUCCCAAUACUCUUUUACCCUUUUACAGGUCCACCACAUAUGAAAGAACAUACCCUCGACCUCAUUGCAUCUCCAGCAUUUAUCUGAUUCAGUCUUAUACUGUACAUCUUAGCAAGCCUACUUGGAUAGCUGAAUCAUAGCUUGUUACACUUAGGUCUCCUGCAUCAGGAUCUGUAGCAGGCUUAGGAAAUCUCAGUUGCUGAUAAAGCAGUUAGAGAGGAACAGUAAUCUUAAGUAAAUAGAUCUCUGUAACUUUUUGUUUUUGCUUUCACAUUUUACUACAUAGUCUAGGUGUAUAUGCUUGUACCUACAGAGCUAAUCUAAUCUAAUCAAUGCUUCUUAAUGAACAGCUCAAGGCCAUGAUGACAUAUCAAAUCCCAAGUGUUUUCCCACAGAUUGUGUUCAACCUAUUGACAGGAAAGGAAAGAGAAAAUAAAAUAAUCAGAAUGGCAAACCAAAUUUAGUUACAAUAAAAAUGACAUUAAACUCACUCACUCACUCCGAAACUUCAAAACUGCUUAAAGAUAACAUGUUUCAGGGUGCUCAGUUCAUUUAAAGUGGCAUCACUUCUUAAUUGGAGCUGUACUAAUUUAAAUAAGCUCAGAAAUCUGGGCCUGCUUCCAAGUCCAAACCUAUAAAUACUUACCCCUUUAUAUAAAUGGAACCUUUUUUAUAAUAGGUGUGAGUUCGUUGCAGUUGUGUUGAACUAUAUUUAUUAUUCUUGGCUCAGAAAAUGAAUAAUAUGUACAAGUUUAUCCAUGUUAAUAAUUAUGGCCAUAUUUCAAAUUAUUUCUCCAUUGUACUUGUCCACUGGAGCAAGCACGCUUCUAUUAAUAUCACUCGAUUCUUCUGCUGUUUUAGUUUAGUGGAAUGAAUGAGAGCCUUUCUGGGAGCAACCUUUCGGGAAUGCAUGGAUGGAAAGCUCCCCUGUGGACUUGGUGGUAAAACAUAGCUAGUAUAUUAUUAAAGUGACAGGCUGCACGAAAAGAAUUUUUGAAGGACUACAGAACUCUUUGGCUGCAUUCCUAGGCCAACUUAAUUGAAUUCAUUGGAUCCUACUUCUGAGUAAAUGUGUGUGAUCACAUGGGUUUAUGGGUAACAGAAAGCAUGGGGAACCUCUGACCCUCCAGAUGUUGCAGAACUACAACUCCCUUCAUCCCCUGGGUUAAGGAAAGAGCCAUAGUUCAGCAGUAGAGCAUCUUCUUUGCAUGCAGAAGGUCCUAGAUUCAAUCUUUGGCAUAUCCAGGUAGAGCUAGGACUGUUUCCUGGAAAGCCGCUGCCAGUCACUGUAGACAAUACUGAGCUUGAUGGACCAAUGGUCUGACUAAGUAUAAGAUUGCAUCCUAUACAGUGGUACCUCAGGUUAAGUAUUUAAUUCGUUCCGGAGGUCCGUACGUAACCUGAAACUGUUCUUAACCUGAAACACCACUUUAGCUAAUGGGGCCUCCUGCUGCGGCUGCGCCGCCGGAGCCCAAUUUCUGUUCUCAUCCUGAAGCAAAGUUCUUAACCUGAAGCACUAUUUCUGGGUUAGCGGAGUCUGUAACCUGAAGCGUAUGUAACCUGAAGCGUAUGUAACCUGAGGUACCACUGUAUUCUCAUAUGUUAAGAAGCAUAGUAUACAGAAAAGGUCACAAACUUUCUGAAAACUGUCAUCUCCAUGUUAUUUGUAAGAGAAACAUGGUUUUAAUAUGAGUUGUCUGUAAGAGAGACAUGGUUUUAAUAUGAGUUGCUAUCAAAUAUGUUUUCAGCUACAUUCACUUCAUAAUUCUCAGGCAAGAAGUAAACGUUCUGACGUACAUAGGAAGCUGCCUUAUACCAAUUCAGAGUACAGUACUGGUCCAUUUAGCUCAGGCAGGGGUCUUUUCCAGCCCUACCUCAAGAAGUCGGGAAUUGAAGCUGGGAUCUUUGGCACCUGAUGCCACAACAUUGCUGAAGCAAAGCAGGCAUGGAUAUGUUCAGAAAUCGGGAGAGGAGACUGCUGGGAGCCCCAUGCAGGACUACAUGUAAGAUAUAGCUUGCUGUGGCAGGAACUUGAGUAAAUAGAUGUCUCCUGCUAUCUGUUGGGAAGCAAUGGAUGAUUGGAAUAGAGAAAUAGGACAACGAGAUCAUAAGCAGUUCAGCUUAAGUGCCAAGAAGCCUUGGCAUUGGACAACUUCCUUUGUAUGAGCAAUGCCCUGCGGAAAUUCUGGCCCUAGUCCAGUCAUGCCUUACAAAUCUCCAAUUGAUUUCCUAUGUUCAUUUUUCUGAACGCAAUAUUGCAGUUGUAAUAUUGCUGAUUUGAAUACUGUAAUUAUCAAAGGUGUGACUAUGUAUAAUUGAGCAAUUGGGAGGAUGCUUGAUAUGGAAGAAUUAUACAGGGAGCUGAGAAAUCAGGAAAUCCUGUGACACAAGAAAGGCCUUGCCAAUUAGUCACCCUGUCUCCAUCCAUAAAUAUAAAUAAGUACACCUGAGCUUCAUUUUCUAUUUGUGUGCCAAGAGGACUGCAGUAUUUUAUUUCUUUUAAUGCAAUGGUUGGUUUAUUAAAUGCAUGUAUAUCAGUCUUGCAGUAAAUGAUGCUUAUAACUUCUCUACCCAGUGUAGCCCAAAUUAGAAAUAUAUUUACAUAUAGUUAACUAUAGAAACUUAACAAGUUUUUAUGAGACAAUCAGGAGUCCUUUGUGUCAGACUCUGGUGGUGGCCAGGCAGGAUUCAAAGUCUGAGCCGUGUGCACCUGUUAUCAGUUUAUAUAAAAAGGUAAAGGGACCCCUGACCAUCGUGGACAACUCUGGGGUUGCAGUGCUCAUCUCGCUUUAUUGGCCAAGGGAUCCGGCGUACAGCUUCUGGGUCAUGUGGCCAGCAUGACUAAGCCGCUUCUGGCGAACCAGAGCAGCGCACGGAAACGCCGUUUACCUUCCUGCCGGAGCGGUACCUAUUUAUCUACUUGCACUUUGACAUGCUUUCAAACUGCUAGGUUGGCAGGAGCAGGGACCGAGCAAUGGGAGCUCACCCCGUCGCGGGGAUUCUAACCGCCAACCUUCUGAUCGGCAAGUCCUAGGCUCUGUGGUUUAAGCCACAGCGCCACCCGCGUCCCAUAUCAGUUUAUAUAACAGGGCCUAAAAGGAGCAGCAUAAUCCAGUUCCUUAAGCACUGUUUACAUAUUUAUAUGGAGUGACUAUUAAAAUAUAUAUGAUCUAAACAUUUUGAAUUACAAGCAAAAAGGCCAUAUUAUUUUCAUCCAACCCAAACCCACUAAAAUAAGGAUUUAUUAUUAUUAUAUGCUAAAAUUCCCAGAUGCAUUAAGCUAUCUCAGUAAUUCAGCUGCUGGUGAAUUAUGAGAAAGAUACAUCAUUCCUAAGAGUCAGAUGGGACUUAAUUGCUGCAAAAGUUACUAACAUUCCUGGGAAUGUCAUCAUGGCACAUUAUUUGUCAUAUGAUCUAGUUCACAUAACAUUUGCCCCUGAAAGAUGGAAGAAGAUUUAGUCUAAAAUGACAUGCUCCCAAAGAAUAAAAAAGUUUUUUUCCCUUGAAGAUGAUACAUUUAGGCUGCACGACACACAUGAUGCAAUAUAUGCUAGGCAGUAAAUAGGCUUGAAUACAUAACAUCAGAAUAACUGCAAAGAUUGUGGAAUCUGUUUAACCACAUGGACUACAAGAAACUGAGGACAAGCUCUCACAUGCUGGAGGAAUGCUACGCAACAAAGGUUUUAAGGCGAGGAUGAGGAGAAAAACAAAUAAAAGAUUAUUCAUGGGCUUUAGAACCACAAUUGGGGAGUGAGUAGGACCAGCUGUGGGAUGCUCCUUCCCAACAAAGAAAAAUUUGGCUUGUACCACAAUAACAAUCAGGGACGCGGGUGGCGCUGUGGGUUAAACCACAGAGCCUAGGACUUGCCGAUCAGAAGGUCGGCGGUUCAAAUCCCCACGAUGGGGUGAGCUCCCGUUGCUCAGUCCCUGCUCCUGCCAACCUAGCAGUUCAAAAGCACGUCAAAGUUCAAAUAGAUAAAUAGGUACUGCUCCGGCGGGAAGGUAAACGGUGUUUCCAUGCGCUGCUCUGGUUCACCAGAAGCGGCUUAGUCAUGCUGGCAACAUGACCUGGAAGCUGUACACCGGCUCCCUCGGCCAAUAAAGUGAGAUGAACGCCGCAACCCCAGAGUCGGUCACGCCUGGACCUAAUGGUCAGGGGUCCCUUUACCUUUUUACAAUAACAAUCAGUUUUUUGUCAUUAGCACAAUGUUAAAAGUCUUGAGCAGAAAGCUUGAGCAACCUCUGGGUCUGACGUAGCUCCCCAAGCGAAUUUUUCUGCCUCCACCCCCACACCAUCCUUUUUGGCAGCAGGGGAGAAACGUGGGGAAAAUAUUAAAAGUAGACACAGCACUGGGGUGGACAGAGUCUUUUAAACCUGUCUGGCCAGUCCUGGUGAGGAUGCAAAUUGUUUCCUUCCUACUCAUCAGAUGGAUCAUUUGAGAAGUGAAGAGAAGGCAAUUACCCCGUAUCUUAACUGAUCUGUAUGGAUCAGCGGGGGUGGGGUGGGGCUGUGUGCACAAUUCCUCUCUGUGUGUGCAAGUGAGGUGGGGUGCCCACAUCCUGCAUAGGAAUGUGGCCCCUGGAGGGUUGGCCAAGAGUGAAUGUGGCCCUUGGGCCAAUAAAAGUUAGUUGCACCUGGUCGAGAAGAUGUAGUAGUGGCUCCCAUAUCUGUUACUCAGAAUUGCUUUGGAGGUGAUUUUUUUAGCAUUCAUGUCAGGAAAAGCCAGCUUUCACACUGAAACCUAAUUCAGGUUGCUGCUACCAUGCCAUCCCUUAAGCUACCGCAAGUUUAAAAUGUAUGUAGGCCUAUCUGCACAUUUCUGUUUUAGCUAAGUUGCCUUUCCAACUUGCCAUUUACCUCCUUUCUGUGUUAUAAUUUAUGAAUGCAACCUCUGAUCCUAUAUCAUAAGUAUGAGCAUGAUAUGUUAUACUGUGAAUAUGGAGUUGGCCUGAAUAUUACUUAUCAAGUUAUGUUUUCUAUAUACAGGGAUGCUUCUGUUGUGAAAGAAAAUACCACAGUUUUUGCUACCAGGUCCUUCUACUGCUUUUUUUCUGUUUAG